CCUUGCCAAGACUUCUGGAUGAGCGAGGUGUGUUCCAUUCAUCGCCCUCUACCUGUAACAAUCACCUACAUCAUCAACACACUCACCCUCUCACCCUCUCUCACUCUCUCUUCCGAGACUCUUCACCACCCUCCUCUCCACUUCCUCCCCACCGUUCCUCUUCUCAGACUCCUUGCGCCGCAACUUCCACUAUCUACUCGUUCCGCGCAUAUCUGGGCAGCAAUCCUUUCCACCUACCUUCUUCGCGCGCGACCGUCACUAGCCUUGUCCUGCCACCACUACGCAUCGACUUCAUCCGCAAAAAAUACCGCGUCACCUACUUCUCACACCACUCUUCACUGUUUUUCUAUGACUGCUUAGCCAGAACAUCGGCAAGAUACAGUCUGCUGAUUCGAACGGGGCGGAAGGGCCGGGGUGGGCGAGAGGUGAUGCCAGCGGAGGAAACAAGGACAUGCCACUGAUGAUGGACGGAGACGAUGGCCCUGAAGAUGUUGCGCCAGCGGAAAAGAAGGGUAAAGAGGUCAUGACCACUACAAAUGGUGUGCAGGUGCAAGCUUCAGCGCCGUCGGCGCCUUCAACGUCCAGCUUGAAGCAACCCUCCAUACUUGACCUACCUCCCGAAUUACGUCACAUCACCGAAGGCCUCUACUCUGUCGGCAAGCUUCUAGGAAGAGAGACUGAAAAAUGCUGGAAAGAUAUGCAAGAUCUAACCGAAGACCUGGCGCGCAUGACGCCUGGCGCCAGCACGACGAAUGGUGUCCACGGCCAUAUGAAUAAUGGCGCUUCAUCAUCUACGAGUGUGGAUCAAAGCAAGAAACUAAAAAUAUUGGAGUUUGCACAAUCACAUCGGGACAUGUUUACUAAGUUGCUUGUCAUCUGGAAAUGGACGCCAAAGAAUGAUGCACUCCGAAGGUUGAUUGACCUGUGGGCUUGGAUUCUUGAGUCUGACGAACAUCCCAAUCAAGCUGCGUGGUGGAUUGGGCAACAAAGGUAUAACAGCGACCGAUGGAAGGAACCAAAUCCAGAUAUUCGCACCGCUCUCGAGGUCCUCUCCACAGGAAAGGCCUCAUGGCUACCAGAUUUUGGUUUCAUUCCGCCAGAACCCAUGACCCCGGAGGACAUUCUCAAAUUAUUGAGACGCACUAACACAGACCUCUCUAUUCGCAUCAAUCUACACGAAGAUCUACCUAGGACUUUGCGCACAUAUAGUAUCAAAAAUGGGCGUGUUACAUUCAAUAUACCGGGCGAAUUCGAACUUGAUGUUUCAGUUCAGGACGACAACCAUGAAUCACCAUUCUACUUUAUCGAUCUUCGUUUCACUUUCACGCCGCAAAUCGAGAUCCCUGACGGACGAUUUCUUGCUGGACUUGAGCCGGAAAUGAACAGCCUCCUAGCAUCUUCCGGCCUUGUGGGAUGCUACGAAUAUCUGCACAACUUUUGCUUGACCCUCAAAAUCCAAACCUUGAAACGGCAGGCUGUUCAAUUGGCCAUGGAUACUUAUGCGAACGCUUUACGGGUAGAGAUGGUGCGACGAAUGCUUAUCGUGCAGUACUGGAUUGAAUCACCUGGGAGUAAAAACUGGUUCGAAAUUGGCGUGUCGAGUAGUCAGCCUUCCAAGAAACGAUGGUUCAAAAGAGAUCCCGAACCACCCGCGUUGACCAUAAGAUGGAUGAGGAACUCGAAAGAGGUCCAGACGGUGCAGGAUCUUCAUAUAGAUUGGUCCUCUCUGUCGAUGGAAAGAAUCCUGCAGCGAAUUAUUUCCAGCCAUAUCUGUCACAUCUUUGAGAGAAUUCUCAGCCACCUUGAGAGCGAAAUCCCAGUUGGUUCCACACUGGCAAGCAAGCUAUGCUUGGAUGAUGCUGAUGCAUCCAACUCCUACUUACGAGUCACCCUCGCGAAACAAAGCAAUGCUGUCGAACUCGUAAUUGAGCCGAUAACAGGUCGCUUUGCUUUCAAACCCCCAAGCAUCGAAUCAACAAGGAUUGAGGCUGAGCUGAACAACGAUCCCAACCCCUGUGAGCAUGCUGCAGAGAAAAUCAAACGACUUCUUGCACUCAGCCUCAGAAGCCAUGACGAGAAACAAGCUGUCCAAUUCGGAUGGGAAAUAGCCCUUCACCUGCGCAUCAGAUCGGAGGACCUGCAUAAAGCCUUCAACGCAAAGAAGAUACUUCAGUCGACAUUCUUCCGCGUACCUUCAUGGACCUCAAAGUGGAUGGUUGCACUUGUCAUCGACCUUGCUGGAGAAAGCUGGUGGGCUGUCGAAAUCGACGAAUGGAUAACUGGCGGGUCAAUUCGAAAGGUGAUGAAGAUGCUUUCACGACGACCUGGAAGCACUUCAGCGCCUGUAGACCAGAGCUUUCUCCGACAGUUGGAGUCCGAGAUCGUGGCGGCCAUAGGCACAGCUGUAUGCGAACGUCAUCUCAGAGAUAGGGAUGUUCCCCAUGAAUGGUCUAACCAGGAAGCGGUCACCAAUAAUGGUAGAUAUAUGGCAGACAUGCUGUGUAUUCGAGCCUCCAGGCUGCUCGCCAAGAUUGUUCCCACAGUCCAGCUUCCAGCCGAUCUACGACAUGCUGUUUUGAGAUUAUCGCAUGUCGGUUUUGUUACUCGGCAGGGCAAGCUAUACCAUGUUUUCCAAGCUUGCCUUCGGACCAAUGCUGGCGCUCACCUAGGGCGUAUACGUGCAGCUCCGGACCGUCGCGUUCAUUUCGACCAGAACGGUGGAUUCAAGACUUGGGUACGCUGUCCGUUUGCUGAAUCAUGUGUGGACGCACUUUUGGAGCGCUUGGCCAGUAUCUACCGCCUCCGAGUGUUGGUUGAUGCACUUCGUGAUCGCGGAAUCUGUCGACCUUCUGAAAUUAGUCUCUCAUCUGUCGCAUUUACCUACAACAAGGUCAGGUCGCUCAAGGCGACCAUUAGGCUUCCAGACCACAAGUCAGGUAAGAUCGCUCUGGAACUGGAUCCAAAAAAUCCACAAUAUCGCCUUCGUCCACUUUUGACGGAAAGCCUCAACAAUCCUGCGAUACCGCCGACCCGGUCAUUGCCUCUAUUUACCCAAAAUCUUCUCAGCACCUCGCCUCUCACUCGUGCUUUCGGUUUGAUCGAAUCCAUCGUCUCUGAACCCCCAUUCACUAUGUUCCCCCCUCCUACCUUCGAAUCGCGAUCGGAAACCUGGCAUCGGAUCGUCUACUCACCGCCUAAUCCAACGUGCUCUUUCGAUGUCUGUCUUCGCGUUCACGACAACAGAACUGUUUGGCAUAUUGCCGACAAUAUCACGAAGAAGAGUGACGACCGACCCCCAUACGAAAGAGAUACCCCUCCGCUUGGUACGAAUCCCGCACGUCAGUUCAUACGGGAUGAGUGCCUUGCCACGGCUCUAAGGCUACUCUGGCGUGCGCGAGCUGAUGGCUGGGAGGGCAUAAAUUCCGGUAUUAUCGCUCCAGUGUCCAGCAUCGAAGCUGCACUCAUCCGUCUAGAUGAGGUGGUCAGAGGCUGUCGACAAGAGAUCGGCUCGACUACAACGACCGAGUCCAAUACUGUUCAACAGGCCAGUAGAUCAAGGCCCACGUCGUCAUCCCAGCAGCCGCAGCUGCACCAACAGCAACAUCUGCGUCCACCUCAACUAGCGAAUCAGCAAGUACCGCGACCAGGCCAGAACAUGAACAGGUCCAAUAUGCAGCAGCGUCCAAAUAUUCAGAAUAGGCUUGGUUUCGCUCCAAACCAAGGUAUGCAACAAGGUCGAGCGCCGCAGGCCCAAAUGCAAGGCUCGAGACACAAUCAAAAACCGCCACCUGAGGUCAUCACCUUGGACUGAAAACAAAAUCCUCCUUGCCGCGGCACCUCUUACAACAUUCGUACUAUUUCUAAUCCAUACAUUCUCUUCUUGUCUUCUUAUGGAUGGGCGGCUCCUUGCCAUGACUUUGCUGCGUCUCUCGCGUGCGGAUAUCCAAUGGGUGUGGCCUCGUUCUACCCUCUUUGGUUUGUUCAAAGGGGGGGGUUGCGUGUCAGACACGGCGUUGGUUCGGUCGCUAAACAAGACUAAUUUCUUGUACUUGUGGUGAUACUGGGGUUCUUUGACGAUAGGUGCCUUCCUUCCUAUAUACAGAGAGAAGACGGAGGGUUAGCUUAGCAUACGCGGACAUGGUGGCAGGCUUCUGUCUGUCGGAGGGUAGUAGCUACUGUGAAAGGAAUGAAAUAAGAUACUGGAAUGAGGGUCGACGUGCUUGUGUUUGAGAGCUACGUUUUCGU